AAGAAAAAGUAUUCAGCCAAUAGGAUUCCCGCGUUGCGUGUCCUCCCGUCACGUGUCAGCCGGCAGUAUGGCCGCCGUCCUGUAGCCGCAGGGAGCCGCUGCUGACACACGGGAGGAAAAGUUUGGUGCAAACAUGGCGGCGGUGUUUCUCCUGAGACAGUCUCUGAGCAGACUUCCUCCGGCCGCGGCCCGACAGCUGCUGCGCCGCCACUACCACACGGAGAGAGGGGUCUACGGCUACCGACCCAAACACACCGAGCACGAGCUGCACGGCGCGGCGCUCAACCAAGAUCAUGGUGUUGCUCGGCUGGUGGAGGCUUACAGAGCACAUGGACACAAGGCUGCUAAAAUCAACCCCCUACUGCCUGUUUCUGAAAGUGUCCCAGAGAUCAACAUGCUGAGGGGCAGCAUGACAGGACCACUCAACACCUCAGGUCUGAGGCACUUUGGAAAGGCUGAGGCUUCACUGGAGGAGCUUCAGGCCUAUUUAGAUGAAGCCUACUGCGGCCACCUGUCAGUGGAGACCAGCCAGCUGAGCACCCUGGAGGAGAGGGAGUGGUUCGCUGACCGCUUCGAGGAGCUCAAGAGGAAAAGUUUCUCCACGGAGGAGAGGAGGCAGCUGGCCGAGAUCAUGCUGGAGUCUCAGGAAUUAGACCACUUCCUGGCCACCAAGUUUGCUACUGUGAAACGUUACGGAGGAGAGGGAGCAGAGAGCAUGAUGGGCUUUUUCUACGAGCUGUUCCACCAGUCAGCUCACUGCGGAGUCACGGACAUUGUCAUCGGUAUGCCCCACAGAGGCCGACUGAACCUCCUGAUAGGCCUGCUGAAGUUCCCACCUGAGCUCAUGUUCCGUAAGAUGCGUGGCCUCAGCGAGUUCCCCGACAGCUCGCCGGCCAUUGGCGACGUGCUCUCCCACCUCACCUCCUCGGUGGAGUUGGAUUUCGGAGCUGGACACCCUCUUCACGUGACCAUGCUGCCCAACCCUUCUCACCUCGAGGCCAUCAACCCGGUGGCUCAGGGCAAAACCCGAGCCAGGCAGCAGCUCAGGAAAGAGGGCGACUACUCCCCGGAAGACAGCGCCCAGCCAGGGGACCAAGUCAUCUGUCUGCAGGUCCACGGCGACGGCUCUGUCUCUGGUCAAGGGAUCGUUACAGAAACCUUGACUCUCUCCAACCUGCCUCACUACAGAGUCGGUGGGAGCAUCCACCUCAUAGUGAACAACCAAGUGGGUUUCACCACUCCAUCAGAAAGAGGGAGAUCAUCUAUGUACUGUAGUGAUGUCGGUAAGAUGGUGAACUGUGCUGUGAUCCAUGUAAACGGAGAUGAUGCAGAGGAGGUGCUGCGAGCCACUCGGCUGGCUGUCGAAUACCAGCGGCGUUACAGGAAAGAUGUGAUCCUGGACCUGAUCUGCUACCGUCAGUGGGGCCACAACGAGCUGGACGAGCCGUUCUUCACCAACCCAGCCAUAUACAAGAUCAUCCGCUCCCGUAAGAGCAUCCCUGACUCCUACUCAGACAAACUGAUCUCCGAAGGUCUGAUGACCGAAGCCGAGCGCGACCAGAUCAAAUCAAAGCUCUACGGCAUGCUGAACGACAAGCUGGCCAACACGACCCUGUACAGCCCCUCGCCCACCAACCUGCAGGGCCGCUGGGGAGAUCUGGUCGAGCCCCAGGAGAGAGUCACCACCUGGGACACGGGCGUCCCCAUUCCUCUGCUGCAGUUUGUUGGAGCAAAAUCAGUGACCAUCUCCGAGCCAAUCCAGCUGCACAGUCACCUGGGAAAGACCCACGCACAGGCUCGGUUGCACAAGUUGGAAGAGGGCACCAAACUGGACUGGUCCACAGCGGAGGCCCUGGCGUUUGGAUCUCUCCUCAGUCAAGGUUUUAACAUUCGAAUCAGUGGGCAGGAUGUUGGAAGAGGCACAUUCAGUCAGCGUCAUGCCAUGGUGGUGUGUCAGGAGACCAAUGACAUGUACAUCCCUCUCAACCACAUCAGUCCUCAGCAGACUGCUUUCCUGGAGGUGUGCAAUAGCCCUCUGUCUGAGGAGGCGGUGCUCGGGUUUGAAUAUGGUAUGAGCAUCGCACAACCAAAGCUUCUUCCAAUCUGGGAGGCUCAGUUUGGAGAUUUCUUCAACGGAGCACAGAUCAUCUUUGACACGUUCAUCUCUGGAGGUGAAGCAAAAUGGCUGCUGCAGUGUGGGAUGGUGAUCCUGCUGCCUCACGGCUACGAUGGAGCCGGACCAGAACACUCGUCCUGCCAUAUGGAGCGCUUCCUCCAGUUGUGUGACAGUAAAAUGGAGGGUGUGGACAGCGACACCGUGAACAUGGCCGUGGUCAACCCCACCACUCCCGCUCAGUACUUCCACCUGCUGAGGCGACAGAUGAUCCGGAACUUCCGCAAACCUCUCAUCGUCGUUGGACCCAAGACACUGCUGAGAUUUUCUGGGGCCGUGUCCAGUCUGACCGAACUGGCACCGGGAACAUCUUUCAGACCAGUGAUCGGUGACACUUCAGCCUCUGCAGAAAGUGUCCAGAGGGUGGUGCUGUGCUCAGGGAAGCAUUACUACGCCCUGCUGAAACAGAGGGCGGCAUCAGCAGCAAACCAGAACACAGCGCUGGUCCGUGUGGAGGAGCUGUGUCCGUUCCCACUGGGGGCUCUGCAGCAGGAGCUCAACAAGUACCCCAACGCCAAAGAGUUUGUUUGGAGUCAGGAGGAGCCUCAGAACAUGGGCCCCUGGUCUUUUGUGGCUCCCAGGUUUGAGAAUCAGCUGGCCUGCAAGCUCCGGUUAGUGAGCCGGCCCGCUCUGCCUGCACCUGCUGUCGGCAUCGGGACCCUGCAUCACCAGCAGCAGGAGGCCAUCCUCACCGCUACCUUCUCCUAAGACUGGGAGCUAAAACAACCAGUACACAAGCUUCAGUACCACACUACACCACACUACUGCUGUGGUUUUUCCGCUUUCAUCACUAAAUGCAUGAAGCUGCUGCACGGCAGAUACAUCGGACUGUUAGAAAAUGUGAACGGCUGUGAAACUAAUUGGUCAAUAAUUUAAGGAACAAAUCAAAGUGUUAGAGAGAGGACGUUUUUGGAUUGUUCUAUUUGUACACGUAGUCAAACAAAAUUUUUUAUUGUGUUUUUGUGGUUUGAAGGCAAGGCCUAUUUUCUGUUUACUUCUUUUCCCCUUUCUCUCAUUUAACUUGACAGUUUCCUUUAUUUGUCCAAAAUGUAAGACUCUAUGGUAAGAAGAAACACACCUGCUAACUAAGUUUGGAUCUAAAUCAAGGCCUUGUAGUAAACACACAUUUAGCCGACCAUGGAGUUUGUAGCACUGGAGAUUGUUGUAUCGUGCCCGUGUCAAACCUGUAAGGGCUCCACACCUCAGGAAUCUAAACCAUUGAAUUGUGUCAUGCAUCUUAGCUUGAGUUGUUAAUUUUUUAAUUGACUUGGUAGACAUCUCAGAGCAUUACCCUUAAACUAUUUAUAUAAGAAUGGCAGUAUUUUAACUGGAUUAAAUACUUCAGGAGAUGAAAUGUUUCUAAAAAUAACAAGAUUUGUUACCCCUGUGGUUGUUAAAUGUUUAUUCUAUCAUGAAUUAACAUUUGUACAUUUUAUGGUACAAAUUUGGGCUAAGAGGUACUUGAUUAUUUAAAUUAUUUAAUCACAGUUGAAAGCGGGACUUGAGUUCAAAGUACUGGCAUUAAAGGGCUAAUGUAAAUAUACUAAAACAGAAUGAUCAAAUGGAAAUAUUUUUCAAUAAAUCUAUUUUCAUGUU